CGGUUUCAGGGGCACUGCGGCGGAUGUUGAUAUUCUGUUUUGGAGACCACAACCAGAGUUAGCUAGCGAGCUUUCGUCGUUGCCGGAGUUUUUUUUUUUUGUUGUUGUUAGUUGUUGUUAGUUUGUUGUCUGACUUUUUUUUAAUCGUUUUUCAACCGGGGGAAGGAACCCACUCCCCAAACGACGGCACCCGUGUCUCUCCCGGCGCCUCACCGGGGAAACGCGAGGCCGAGUCGUGCGAUGAUGGAGGACUUCGACGAGAUCUACGAGGAGGAGGAAGAGGAGGACGAGGAGAGGGCCGCGGAGGAACAGCUGUUAAAGUACGCUCCAGACCCGGUGGUCGUCCGAGGAUCAGGCCACGUCACUGUGUUUGGACUCAGUAACAAGUUUGAGUCAGAGUUCCCAUCGGCACUUACAGGGAAGGUGGCGCCAGAGGAGUUCAAGGCCAGUAUAAACCGUGUUAACGGCUGUCUGAAGAAGACGCUGCCAGUGAAUGUGCGUUGGCUGCUGUGUGGCUGUCUCUGUUGCUGCUGUACACUGGGCUUCAGUCUCUGGCCUGUCAUCUGUCUGAGCAAAAGGACACAGAGAUCCAUGGAGAAGCUGUUGGAUUGGGAGAACAGCAGACUGUACCACAAGCUGUGUUUGCAUUGGAGGCUGAGCAAGAGGAAGUGUGAAACCAACAACAUGAUGGAAUAUGUAAUCCUGAUAGAGUUCCUACCCAAGAUCCCCAUUUUCAGACCGGACUAGCUCUCCGUGGCCCCACCCACAUCCUCCCGUGGUGCCUCUCUUCACUCGGCCCAGUCACCUCUCCAAAAUGGCCUCCUCUUUCCUCCCCUAACCAGGCCCAUACCCCUAAAACAACACCACCAUUUAGUGUUGACUGGACAUUAUCUAACUUCUCUAUCUAGCCCCUCUAUAUACCCAGAAAACACCUGUUUACACCUUAAAGCCCCUCCCCUUCUCUGAUGUCAACCUUCGACCCCUGAUCUGUUGGAGGAGACGUGGCCUUUUGACCCCCCCCGGGGUGGCCAUGUUGACUGUCAUCGGUCUGUGGGUCAUCAUGGGAGACCCAGCUCAGAAAGGGUGUAACGGUACCAUAGAACUGUGGAACUGGAGAAAGUGGACUCCUAAUUUUGGACCUGCAACGAUGGACCUCCUCUUCACAGCCCUUCCCUGUACACGAGGCACAAUCUUUACUCAGAUUUAUACCCCCGGUAUAUUGUACCCCAACCUGAACUAUGAGACACUGUGCUGUUGGAACAGUUGAUAUUAUACUCUGUUCUAGAACCUCUAUGGAACCGCUGAGGUGACAAUCAAUGGAUUAGCUACGGAACUUCUACAGAACUUCAAUGGAACUAAUAUAGAACAUUGAUAGAACUUCAAUGGAUUAGCAAACGGAACAGCUAUGGAACUGACAGAACAUCAUUAGAACAGCCAUUGGAACUGACAGAACAUCAUUAGAACAGCUAUGGAACUCCCAACGGAACGUCAUUGGGCUCCCGAGUGGCGCAGCGUUCUAACACACUGCAUCUCAGUGCAAGAGGCGUCACUGCAGUACCUGGUUCGAAUCCAGGCUGUAUCACAUCCGGCCGUGAUUGGGAGUCCCAUAGGGCGGCGCACAAUUGGCCCAGCGUCGUCCGGGUUUGGCCCGGGGUAGGCCGUCAUUGUAAAUAAUAAUUUGUUCUUUAAAUGACUUGCCUAGUUAAAUAAAGGUAAAAUACAAAUGGAACAUUGGUAGAACAGUUGUGGAACUUGCAACCUCAUUCACCUUUUGACUGGUCAUAGUAUCGGUAGAGAACAGCCAAACUAACCACAGUAGAUCGGUAGAGAACACCCAAACUAACCACAGUGGAUCAGUAGAGAGAACACCCAAACUAACCACAGUGGGUCAGUAGAGAGAACAGCCAAACUAACCACAGUGGAUCAGUAGAGAGAACAGCCAAACUAACCACAGUGGGUCAGUAGAGAGAACAGCCAAACUAACCACAGUGGGUCAG